AGAUCCCCAUCGUCGAAGUCACUGCUGCUCUUCAAUCGUCUUUCACUGCCCAUUUGGGAAUAUUUUCUGUGUUUUCGCCAAGUACUCAACUCGUCCGGGGCUUGCUUAUCAAAGCUACUCCCCUAUUAUGAAUAGACCAGGAACCGGUGCGAAUUGGAAUUUCAACUUGCCUGUGAGCGGUACACCAGGAAUACAAGGGAAUCAACAGCGUGCAAUCGGAGCCAUGGGGACUUUUGCACAAAGCAUUAGCGGGUCGCAGCCUGCUACACCUUUGGAUCUAUCGGAGUUCCCUUCUUUAUCCGGAGCGCCCCAGCAAUCACAAUCUCAGAACCCGAGUCAAUUAGUGUGGGCGAACGCUAGCCAACGUGCCGCUCAGCAUACCCCCGUGCAGAGACAGCAACACCCCCAGACCUCACAACCACCUUCACGAGCAUCCCAAACACCAUCUCACCCCCAACAAUCUCAACCGCCGCACGAUGAUAUAUUCCCCUCCGGUGCUCAGUUUGCCAAUCGUCUUGAUGACUUUAGGAAUGGCGGGCAAGGCAUUAGUGGUCAAUUAGGAGGGGGCGGUCAGCCUCAGACAGGCAAUAUCGACGAGUUUCCGCCCCUCGGACGCAAUGUCGCUGCAGAGCUGGGCCAGGACCGCCGAGGAUCUCUGAUGCAAAAUGCAGGAUUUGGCAAUUACAACGCCGGAAUGGCAUUUUCUGGCGUGAACCAGGCCCAAUCUGCACAAAAUCGCAAUAUGAUCGCCGCUUCAAUCAACGGACAGGAAACUGCCAGGAUGAUGUCGCCUGCAAAUGCGGGGUCAGGAGGUAUCGCAACUUCACGAUCCCCAGUAAAUCAGGGAACUAAUGGAGUUCCUGGGCAAGAAAAAGAUGAAUUGAGCGGUGCCAUAUUGUCUGCCCAACGCAAUUUCACCGAACAGGAGCAAAUUCAAAGGCAGCAGCAAGCUGUUGCUGGCGAGGGACAGGAGCCUGGCGCUAAUCAAAGCUCCGAGCAGCCACCAUUGGCUCAGAUGAGCGAGCUUGACCGGUUUGGACUCGCAGGGUUAUUAAGAAUGAUUCAUAGCGAAAGUCCAGAUGUCGCGAGCCUCGCAGUAGGCCAGGACCUGAUGACGUUGGGCUUGGACCUCAAUCAACCUGAACCUCUACAUACAUCCUUCGCCUCGCCCUUUGUCUCUUCCAUGUCGGCAGUGCCGUUGGAACAAGACUUCUCUUUGCCGUCUUGCUAUAACGUUGCCAACAUCCAACCUCUCCAAUCUCGUAUCCCGAGCUUCAGCGAUGAGACACUCUUCUACAUCUUCUAUAGCAUGCCCCGGGAUAUUAUGCAAGAACUUGUGGCCGAGGAGUUGAUGGGUCGUAAAUGGAGAUAUCACAAGCUUGAACGAUGCUGGCUGACUCGUGACGAGACCUACCCUGGCCCGGUUGAUGUUGAGCGAGGCGUUAGUGAGCGAGGUGUUUAUCUACUGUGGGAUCCCGCAAGCUGGAAAAAGAUCAGGCGCGAGUUUAUUCUUCGAUACGAGGAUUUGGACAACAGACUUGAUCCCAACAGGAACCUCGCUGCCCGCCCAGCUGGAUUCCCACCUCACGCUUCAUGAGUUUCCAUGAGAGACAAAUUAAUCAAUCAGCAGUGGCGUUGGGUU